AAAAUAAUCACUUUGUUGACACAUUGGUAAAUUUGAUAAGAGUAGUGUCCCUUAGGUCAUAAAAACGCUUGAAAUCAAGCGGUCAGCAAGCGCUUCGGACAAAAGAUCAUUCAGGAAAUUCGUCAUUUUUAUUGACAGAUUUCUGUAAAGGUCAACAUUAACUAUGUCAUCAAGUACUAUAACUGUCAAACCUCGUAGAAAAACCGCCCAGUCACCGCCCCCAACAGCACAAUCAACCAAUCAAAAUAAAGGAACUGUACUUUUGCGCAACCCACUACCCAGGUACAGUUUUGAUCAGAAGUCAAAAACUGGAAAAUCAAAGACUGAAAAGAAAAUAUCUGUAGAAUCUGACUCGAAUAAAGAUGCGACUGACGAUAAUCUGACAAAUGCUGAAAAGCUAAAGAAUUCUAGUGUUUCCUCUUCGCAGUCAAAUAUUACAGAGCCAGUUGCUGUUUGCAAGCUCGUGGCAUCAUUCCCGCAAAAUUCAAUCGGAGUGGAAACUUUACCAGAAACUUCAUUUGUGUCAAAACCUGAAAAUUGUGAAACUGGCUUGAAAGAUAAACCAGUCAAUAAAGUGGGACCAAUUAGUAAAACACUCACCCAUUCAGUCAGUGAUUCAGUUAUAAGUGUUCAAAAUAAUUUAGAAAAUGGUGCUUCAUCUCCACAGACUGGGACCCACAAUCAAGAGACACAUGUUUUAGACUGUGACUCUGGUGGGAACCAGUCUACAAGUACUGGUUCCCUGUCUGACGAAAAAUGUAAAUGUUCAGAGAAAAUUAAACAUCUUGAAGAGGAGAAACAACUUCUGAAGAAUCAGCUAGAAGUUCAGCUUCAGGUUAAUCAGGAACUGAAGAAACUGCUGGUAGCCUCUGUUGGUGAUGAUCUCCAGCAUAGAGUGGAAAGACUUACUAGGGAUAAGGCUCAAAUGUCUAUGGAGAUUGGAGAUUAUUUCAAGAAGAUGUCAGAUGAUUAUGAACAUUUAGAUAAAAUCUCUAUACAAGCUGAUAUGUGGAGGAGCAAAUACUUGGCAUGCAGGGUAAUGGCAGAUGAGCUGGCCUCAUCUAAGGCAUUUUACUCCUCCCAGUUUGAAGAGUGUCAGAUAGCCAUACAGAAACUUCUUAAUGAAAGACAUCAACUACGGACAAAUCUCUACGACACCUACAGGGGCCUAACACAAAUCCAGGAGGCAUUUGAUCCGUUAGGUAGCCUUACAACAGGUUCUAAACUGCUGACCUCUAAAUGUACCAUUGACCUUGCAAGGACCAAUCAGCAUCUAGUAGACACCAUUAAGUACCGCCUCCUCCCAAGUCAUGUGACCAGUGCAAUGAAUAAUAAGUUAGAAACAGAUUGGCAUGAUUAUCUGACACCAGCGGAAAUCUAUGCUCAAGAGUUGCUGACACGUGAGAUGAGACCGGAGGACUUCAGAUGUUUGAUCCCGGCGAGAUCGAUAAUGGCGGCACCUGGAGCGAUGUCUGUUGACAGAUUUCACCCAUGUGCCAACUAUGAUAAUCUCACAUUAAAUGUGUGCUGUAAAUGCAAAGGGGAGAUAAGCAUUGUUUAAAUGUUGAAAUUCAGUAACAAUAACUCAGACAGUAUUUCCUACAUAGUCAAAAA